AUGGACACGUCCUACGACGUGAUCAUCGGUCAUUCCUUUGGAUGCCUAAUUACCUUGUCACUCUUGCCAUUCUUGCCCAAAACGAAAGAAACCACUGUUAUACUCGUCGAUCCCCCCCUCGACCGUACAGAAGUGCAGGUCAAGAAGAGUCAGAAUGUGUUUUUAGAGUGGACGACGAAUGUCAGAACUGCGGAAGAGUACAUGGCUGACAACCCUACUUGGCCACGACGUGACUGCAUGUUAAGAACGCUGGGAGUCGCCAUCGUUGAUCCCAACACCAUCGAAGUUCUUCGGCGAAACAAAUCAUGGUCUUUCAGUGGGUUGCUCAAAAACAUACCACCUCACAUCAAGAUCACCGUACUGGCAUCAGAUCCGAAGCUCGGCGCGAAUUGUCUCUUGGAGCACAUACCUCGUGGCAUUGAGAGAUUGGAUGCUAAAGUUCUGACCGGCAUCAGUCAUUGGAUUCAAUACGAGUGUCCGAAUGCUAUUUUGGAUGCAAUUCCUCUACCAAGAGCAAAAUUGUGA